GAAAGUUUGGAUGGAGAGAGGGGAGAGUGGCGCGGCGGAGGGAGAGUCAUACGGGAGGCAAGGGCAGGCGGAGACACAGAGGAAAGACGGACAGACGGAAAGCUGAGGGGCGAGCAGCCGGGGUGUGGGAGGCAGGGGGCCCGGGAUGCGCUAGUCAGUGGACUCUGGAGACAUGGGCUGCUACACGCCAAAGACACAGCCUGAGCUCAGGGGAAACACAUGAGGUGUCAGUGAAACGGACGGUGUGUUGGGCUCAGCCAUGCCGGGACUCCCAGCGCUCUUGCUCUUCUGCUCCCUGGAACUUGUGGGGACAGCCCCUGCUCUGAACUCCAGACCCGCUGCGGUGAAUGUGGAGACUGAUCAGCUUACUUAUUUAAGGGAGGACACUUCAGCUUCCCCGCAAGUGACAAAUCAUUGGGAGAACCUUGCCCCAAGUCAGUCUUCCAAAUAUAAGAGGUCCACAUUAGGAGUCAAAGGCGAAUCCUUCCCUUUCCAGAGCAGUUUCCCUACAAGAGAGGCAUCCUCACUAAUUAUGGACUUGCAUGGCUUAGCAGAAGCCAACCUGAGCUUGGAAAACCCAAAUAUUCAGGUCACAAUUGAAGUGGAUCCAGACUCCCAAACAGAAUUUGAGCUGGAUCUAUCAGAUUCCCGCACAGAUUGGUCUGAUUCAGACUGGGUAUCUCAACACGAACAGCUUUUUUGGCCUCUGUUCUGGGAGUACAGUGAUCUCUCGCAGGAGGAGGGCUUGACAACUGGUACACCGGCACCCGAGAUAGAAGAUUACUCGUCACAGUAUGACUGGGAGGACAAUGUCCUGAGUGGAGGAGAAGGAGACCGUAAAUCCCUUCAUCAAACUGACAAAACCUGGGUUUCUGAAGAGAAAUAUCAAUAUGAUUAUGAGGAAGAUGAAUGGAGCACCUGGACUCCCUGCAGUGCUACCUGUGGCACUGCCCAUCAGAAACGGACACGUUCCUGUGGCUAUUCUUGCUCUGCCACUGAGUCCAGAAUCUGUGAACACACCCCUUGUACAGUAGAUGAGCACAUUCCAGAGAAUACCACUAAAGGCUGGGUAACUCCUACAGAAAGUGGGACCCCUGUGCCCGAAUCAGGACAAAUAGACAGCUGUGAUCGGUGGCUGAGUUGCAAAAGUGAAUUCCUGAGCAGCUAUUUGCACAGAGUCCUCACAGAGUUGCCUAGCUGCCCCUGUACAUACCCAACUGAAGCUGUUUACAGCUCUUUAACUCUUCGAGAUGAGACUUUGGCACGUAGCUUCAGGUGGAGGGAUGCAAGUGGAGGACGGGAGAGACUAGAUAUUUACACCCCUGGGGCACGAUUUUGCCUGCGAUCCCUGCUGUCUCGGGAAAGCAGUAGCUUAGGAGCUCAGCACUGCUGCUAUGACCAGUCACUGAAACUUAUGACACGUGGCCGAGCAGCAGGGAUUCCCAAUCUUAUUAGUGCAGACUUUUCACCUGAGCUGCACUACAAGGCUGAUGUACUGCCAUGGAUCUUAUGCAAAGGUGACUGGAGCCGAAUACAUGCCAUCCGACCUCCAAAUAAUGGGCGAGGGUGUCUAGAGAAUCCCUCUGAGGAGGAAUAUCUAUUGCAGCUGCAGGAGGCCCGUGAAUAUUAGCAAUAAUGUUGUAAUUUCUGUUCUUUUACCCUUCCCUUCUCAGUUGCUCUAUUUCUGCCAAAGAGUUGUAAUAUAUUGGAAAGCUAUUUUUGUUUGCCAGCAGAUCAUCUAGUUUAGUACUGUAAUUAUUAUCUUUUAUUUAUAGAGAGCCGUUAUGUUAUGCAGAGCUUUGGAGAGAUUAUUCAUCAAUCACAUCCUAGUGGAGUUUACAACAUAGGUUCACACACAGGGGUCUAUUUUAUCAUAAGUCAAUUAAUUUGGCUUUUUGGAGUGUGGUUGGGAAAACCCAGUGCAAACACACCGAAAACAUAUAAGCUUCUUGCUGUUAGGUCCCUGGUAGUAGUUCAACUCAAUACCCUAGUGCUGCUGUGCAGCAGUGCUAGCUGCUAAACCACCAUGUUGCUCCACUUUAAGUGCAGAAGUCUUUGCUACUUAUAUAUACAGCCUUUUCAAAUGUUGUUUAUGUACCUAAUAGUUUGUAUAUAUGUGUCAAUUCUUGAUGUGCAGAAUGUGUUUAUAAAUAUCUACAUACAUAUAAAAUAUGGCAUUUUGAUAUGUCAAAGAUACAAUAAGAGUGGAAAGUGAGACUGAUUUCUGUGUGUUUGUGUUCACACUGCUGCUAAAGUUGCUGUCGUUUUUAACAUUCCACAAUUUACAAUGAUAUGAGUAACUGGUUAUUGGUGGAUUCUGCAAAUGACUUCUACAACUUAAAUAAAAGUUUGUUUAAAGAA